AUGAAUCAUCCAGAGUGGUAUCAUCGAGCCAACGACGUACAGCGCCACGAUGCGGAAUGCAUUUUGGCGGAAUUUGCCCAAAAAAUGGCGUGGUUACCCAGCGGAGGUGAUUCCCUUAUUGAUUUGGGUUCUGGUUCGGGAGAUGUUGUCAUUGAUUUCAUAUAUCCACAAAUGCCAGAAAAUUUCCAGAGGCUUGUAUGUUCCGAUAUCAAUGCAAACAUGAUGAAUUUUGCCUGUCAGCAAUAUGGUCAUAUUAAAGGAGUGGAGUUUAAAGUUUUGGAUAUGGGCACAGCGAAUGGAUUACCGUCGAGUUUAAAUGGGCAAUUUGAUCAUGUGACAUCGUUUUAUGCUAUGAUGUAUCCAAAAAGUUUGAGACAAACAUUCCGCAACAUCUAUGACCUCUUAAAACCCGAAGGUGGUGACUGCCUUUUGGUUACCCUCGCAUAUCAUCCCACAUUUGAUGCUUAUAAACGCAUGAGUCAAACCGAGAAAUGGUCGGAAUAUAUGUACGAUGUUGAAUCGUUUAUGCCACAACAACAAUAUUCUCCCGAUCCGAAAGGUGAUUUCAUGGGAUUUCUACAAAAUGCCGGAUUCAGUGAUUAUCAGGUGGAAGUGCGCAAUAAAGUUUUCCCUCAUCAAAGUUUAAAUGUUUUCAGAAGUAACAUGGUGGCCGUCAAUCCUUUUAUCGAUCGCCUGCCCAAAGAAAAACAAAGUGAAUUUGUUAACGACUUUUUGUCGUGUAUUUGUGAUAUUUUGGGCUUGAAUAUCACUCGUGUCGAUUUCAAUGCCACAUUUCCAGUUCCGUAUAAAUUGGCGGUAAUGUAUGCCAAGAAAUCGGGAAAUAUUUGUUAA